AAGUUAUAAUAAAGCAAACAUACAUAUAGACAAACUCAAAACACUCUUAUUUAAAUGUUUCUUAGGUACCUGGGAAGGGUGGUGUAAAGGUCACUUGAAUGAGGAUAGAGGAAAGGAAUGAGAAAAAAAAAAGAAGAAGAAGGCCAGGGAGUGAGAAGCUCAGGGUGGCAGCAGUACCCUUUCUCCCUAGGGAGUCACUGAGGAUGGCAUCAGGUAUUAAGGGUGCAUGAUCCACGGUGGUGGAAGCCUCAUGUCACAGCAGCUGUCACAUGAGGCAGGUGGGGGAGCUGGACCACAGUGACCACCCCACCUCAUUUCCUUUACACUGUUCCCAGCCUGGGCCAUGACACUGACAUGGCCUUGGAGCAUAGCUGAAGUGGAAGGUUUGAGUUUAAACUGGUAGCGGGAGAUGAGACAACCACAUCUCUUUUGUGCACACAUUUGGUUUCACUGACACGUUAACCACAGGAGGAGGAGAAAAGGCCACAAGGUGUGGGGUUAGUAUGAGUGGGGACAAAGGAACUUUUUUUUCAGAGACUAAAAGGCAUCGGUAUUGCACAGACUUUCCAUGAUUCCACACCAACCUUGAAAGCCCCCUCUCACCACAGGAAGUGUGCUGACUACUGGAGGAAUAAAAGAGACUCGAAGGAGCAGUUCCUCAUCCUCUGUCUGCACAGCUCAGCAGGACCUCAGCCAUGAGACUUCUCAUCCUGGCCUUCCUCAGCCUCUGCUGUCUCGCUGCUUAUACUGUGGAAGGUGUGGGGAGUGAAGUUCUUGAAAAGACCAUCUGUGUGAGCCUCACCACCCGGCGACUGCCAGUUAAGAACAUCAAGACCUACACCAUCAAGGAGGGCUCCAUGAAGGCAGUGAUAUUUUUUACCAAACGUGGCCUUAAAGUCUGUGCUGAUCCACAUGUUGAAUGGGUGAAAAAAGCAGUCCAUACAAUAGACAAGUCCACCAGAAGAAAUGUGAACCAGACCAAGCCCACAGGAACCCAACAGUCCACCAAUACAGCUGUGACCAUGACUGGGCAGUGACCCUUUGGCACCUUGUCCCCUUGCUAGCCAGCCAGCUCCUUCCUCUUUAAAGUUCAUGGACUACUUACAUUAUAUUCACCUUUUAUAAAAGUGCUACAUGAAUCAAAUAUUUUCUUGUAUUUUCAUUUUUUAUGUCUUUCAUAUUCAUUUGGAUGCUUUAAUUAAUAAAUAUUUAUUAUUAUGAA